AUGGCAUCAAUUAGUGACAAUAGAAGGCUUUCAAUAGAUUUUUCAGCCGAAAAAGUUUGUGAAGACUGUAAUAAAGCAAGAUCGAAUGGUAACAAUUUUAUUGAAAAUCAAGAAUCUUUUGAUUACAUGAAAACUUCAAAAGAAACACUUGUAAAAUUGCCAUUCCCGCCAGGUAUAGAUCCUAAAGAUUUAGUCAAUGAUCUAUUAAAUAGUAAAGCUCAGUCACCAAAAAUGUUGAAUGAGUUCUUCAUUUAUAGAAAGGUUUACGUUCGGGAAAUCCGAAAGCAAAACCUUCGAUUGAAAAUGACCAAGGUGUCAAAAUUGGCAUCGAGUUCCUGGUACCAAGAGCCUUCAAAAGUUAAGAACGAGUAUAGAAGAAUUGCACGAGAGGUUGAAAACGAAUACAUAUUUGCUAGAAAUGAAAAAUUACGAUCUCAAAAAGCUAAGGAUCAACAUAACGAUAAACAUUUCACAAAUUCAGCCCCUGCCAACUCUUCUACCCUUGUAAAUUUUGAUGUCACCAGUAAUGGUAAUAGUAACAAUAAAAUUGAACCUUUUACACCAAUCGUAGUAAAACAGUGUACACCAUUAGAACCAUCCAUACCAUCCAUAAACGCGAACGCAUGGUUGUACAAUGCUACUUACGUACCAUCAAUUUUUACGUUCAACCCAUAUACCCCAAGCGUGUAUAUGCCAGUCGUUAAAAAACCAAAACCAAAGAAACAUCAAGUGAAACCGAAUGUACCAACAAAACCAAAUGAAUUGGCAACAGUUAUUGAACAUCCUAUCGAUAUCAAUAGUGAUAAGAGUACUAUUUAUUCACCUAGUUCACCUUAUCUACCUUAUGAAUACUUCUAUCCUAUAGUUUACGAGCCUCCAUAUGUUAAUUUUUAUUCUGAACAAGUCAGUCUUCUUGGCGAUAUUGGUAAUUUCAAUUAUGGUUUUGGCAAUGAGCACCUUUUUG